AUGGAAGAAAAUGAUCAUAGCAACAGAGAUGCAGAGCGCCAGGAUUCCGGUGAUGAAUCCGACAGAGCCAUUCUUCCACUGUUACAAGCACCGGUCAACCUACUCCCCCACCGAAUUACAAACUUUUUCAUCGACAAUAUUUUACGACCGGACUUCGGACGCAGGAAAGAGGGGGCACUGAACCGGGAAUCAAGCAUUCGUAGAGGACGGGAGAAUCACUCUUCUGGAUUCAGAUUGGGUCAUGUGGAGGGGACUGUAGCAGAAGAAGGGACUUCGAAUCCUAGCUCCAUAAAUGGAGCAAAGAAAGUCAACAUUGCUGAGGAAGAAUCUCUAAAGCCACGAGAAGAGAGUGGAAAUCAGUGCAUAAGUUCAGAUUCGGAUAGUUCGCAAACCAACAGCUCCCCAUCAUCACAGCCUUUGCUCUGGCCAGCCUGGGUGUAUUGUACCAGAUAUUCGGAUCGGCCAUCUUCAGGACCAAGAUCUCGCAAACCAAAGACAAAAACCCCAAGCAAAGAAGACAAGCGUCCUAGGACUGCCUUUACCGCCGAGCAACUACAGAGACUGAAGACAGAGUUUCAGAAUAAUCGGUAUCUUACAGAACAGCGACGACAGAGCCUGGCGCAAGAACUCGGCCUUAACGAGUCUCAAAUUAAAAUAUGGUUUCAAAACAAGAGGGCGAAGAUCAAGAAAGCCACCGGGGGCAAGAAUUCACUUGCACUACAACUGAUGGCACAAGGACUCUAUAAUCACGCAACAUCCGCAAAAGACGACAAAUCAGACAGUGACUGAUGCCUGGGAAAAAGAUUCAAUGCAAUAAUUUAAAGGGCCAGUGUACAAAAAUACCAGCGUUUAUGAGUUUCAAAAAUGUAUGAGUACCUAUAAUUCUGCAAUAUUAUGUGUAUAUAUGUGUUAUUAUUGACAGGUAUAAUGAUGUGGAACAAAACAAAAAACUUCUUCAAACUAUUACUAUUUGCUGUAUGAUUUUCUGGAACUUUUAAAACAAGCGCUUUUUGAUUCGCACUUGACGUUGAGAUAUUACAGUAACCAUGAAAUUCAUGCUGAAGUCCAAAGAUUUUUUCUGCUGCAUUCAGGCAACUGUGAC